CAGGUGUGCCCCAACUCCUCCUUUACCUUCCUCGUCAUAAGGGCAACCUGCCCCAAGUCUCUUAUCCUAUCACCCCCAACAAAGUAGGCAUUACCCACGUCACUAAAGUGGAAGUCACUAUAAAUAACCUUGUAGUAGAACCAACGGCAUGAAACCUGAAUGAGUACGUAAUCCGGGCACACUAAGUAAGAGAAACGACCGCCAUAUCAACCGCGGCAGUGACUGUGUGGCUCUCGCGCGAACCGAUUAGAUCACGUGGUGUCUACCUAAACGGCUGAGAUUCGACGAACCAAUUACAAAAUAGUGGACGAUGAUUUGGUGGGAAUCCGGACUAGUCCACCGUGAUCCUAUCUCUCGAAUGUUUAUCAUUACUUUACUUACAACGUAUAUGUUCGUUAUUUCGGCUAGUAAACUGCCCUUCAACUUCCGUCAUGGACAUAAACCUCCCUUCCCGAUCUUCUACCAAACAGGGAAUUCUGAAGACGAUCUUCCUGAAUGUGGACAGUGGUCAGUGUGUAACAGAGUCGACGUAUACUCCGUGCCGUGGGUUGAACGUCGAUGUCGAUGUCCAGGGAAGAAGACGUGCUCUAUGUCCUUGAACGACCAAGACGGACAUACGGUGAUAGCGAAGACUCGCCAGUAUAAGGUACAUACGACUCCAUACCCCCUACUGUGCCAGAGAAAAGAGCCAUGCCGCUUAUUCUCCGUGCGAAAGCGAUCAGAAGUGGAAGAUGUGAACACGGACACUUUGUGCCACUGUCCUCAUGGACACGUGUGUCCACACAACCACAAGGAUUCAUCCGUCAUUCUAGAACCCAGCCAUCACAGGAGCCGAAUACGAACCUAUAGUGGUUACUGCACGUCGGAUGUAGACUGAUAAAACCUCACGUGGUCUCGAGAUAGUCGUUCUCGACCGACUGCAAGUAAGCGUGGUGAAAAUUCGUGACUUAAGUGCAGUCACUCAAGAAAUUGUACAAUGAAGUCACUCUCUAAAAUACGCUGUGAACAUCGACACAUUCCAAGGUUGGAACGGUUAAACACCUUCUAACACCUUCCAGGGUUAAACACCUUCCAAGGUUACUUGUGAUUUACUAGAAUUAGGAUGGAAGCCAUUUUGGAAAUCUGAACUGAUAUUUCGAACUCAAGAGGGAGUAAAGAAUUGAACUUGAUCUCAAGAAAAUGCCAUAAAACUUUA